UGGUGAUGGAACGUAGAGCGAGGUGGUGUUUUGCGACGCUUCCGGUUGCAGUGUACGAGUGGCGGUGAUCUGAAGUGAGUGGUCGUGGUCGGUGCAGGCCGUAGUCCUCGCUAUGGAGGUUCCUCUCCCCCCAGAGGACCAGGAGCUUCGGAAUGUUAUUGACAAACUAGCGCAAUUUGUGGCUAGAAAUGGACCAGAAUUUGAGAACAUGACAAUGGAGAAGCAAAAAGACAACCCUAAGUUCUCAUUCCUGUUCGGAGGAGAAUUCUUCAACUACUACAAAUAUAAACUUGUCAUGGAGCAGCAACUAAUUAUUUGCAAGCAAGCCCAGGACAUAGAGCCCACGCCUCAGAUUACCAUAAUUCCCCCUCCAGCAUUGGCUUUGCCCCCUACACUGGUUCCCCCUCCUCAAGGUGCACCUUCUAUAGAGGACCUUGUACAGCAAAGCCAGUGGAAUGUGCAGCAGCAAGAACAACAGCUACUCAAUCUGAGACAGGAGCAAAUAACAGCUGCAGUGGCACAUGCCAUUGAACAACAGAUGCAGAAACAGCGUGAAGAAACCCAUCUGGACAUGACUGAGUUUGAUAACUUGCUGCAACCAAUCAUUGACACAUGUACCAAGGAUGCCAUAUCUGCAGGAAAGAACUGGAUGUUCAGCAAUGCCAAAUCUCCUCAGCAUUGUGAACUUAUGGCUGGGCACCUGCGCAAUCGGAUUACGGCUGAAGGAGCACACUUUGAAUUACGUCUGCAUUUGAUUUACUUGACUAAUGAUGUUCUUCAUCACUGUCAGAGAAAGCAAGCACGUGAGCUUUUGGCAGCUCUUCAGAAAGUAGUGGUUCCUAUUUACUGUACCAGUUUCCUAGCGGUGGAAGAAGACAAGCAGCAGAAGAUUGCACGUUUGCUUCAGCUUUGGGAAAAGAACGGUUAUUUUGAUGAAGCUACAAUCCAGCAACUUCAGAGUCCUGCCCUUGGCUUGGGACAGCACCAGGCUGCUUUACUGGCUGAGAAUUCCAGUGUUGUGCAGCCAAUUCUUGUGGCAUUCCAGCAACAGAUCCAAACCCUGAAAACACAACAUGAAGAAUUUGUGGCUAGCCAACAACAGCAGCAACAGCAGAUCCAGAUCCCAGUGAUAGAACAAAUUCCAGAGCCUCCUGUGCCUACUCCUGCCCCUGCACCAGCUCAAGUGCCCCCACAAGAGGAAGUGAAACCUACUCUAACUAUCCCCACUCCGGCAGAAUUUGAGCCCCCUCCUGGAAAUGUACCAGAUCCUGUCACAGCUGCAGGUAGAGGUCCAGCUCCUCAUGAGCAGAUGCCUCCUAACAAACCACCUUGGUUUGACCAGCCCCAGCCUAUGGCUCCCUGGGGACAACAGCAGCCCUGUGAACAACCCCCUUUUCCUCAUCACCAGGCACCCCCACCACACUGUCCUCCAUGGAAUAAUAGCCAUGAAGGUAUGUGGAAUGAUCGUGAUCCUAACUGGAACAAUGAGCCAGAACCAGCAUGGAACAGCCAGAGGGAACCUCCAUGGAAUAACCAGUUUGAUGCUCCUUGGAGUAAUCAGCAUGAACAGCCUCCAUGGGGUGGUUCUCAGAGAGACCCUCCUUUUCGCAUGCAGCGUCCUCCACAUUUUCGAGGGCCUUUUCCCCCUCAUCAACAACAUCCACCUCAGUUCAACCAGCCACCCCACCCUCACAACUUCAAUCGAUUUCCUCCACGGUUUAUGCAGGAUGACUUUCCCCCACGACACCCCUUUGAGCGACCACCUUUUCCUCACCGAUUUGAUUAUCCCCAAGGAGACUUCCCUUCAGAUAUGGGACCACCACACCAUCACCAAGGCCACAGAAUGCCACAUCCUGGCAUGAAUGAACAUCCUCCGUGGGGAGGUCCUCAACACCAAGAAUUUGGCCCACCACCGCAUGGGUUUAAUGGUCAGCCACCUCAUAUGCGUAGACCAGGACCUCCACACGUCAACCAUGAUGACCCCAGUCUUGUUCCGAAUGUUCCUUACUUUGACCUCCCUGCAGGACUUAUGGCGCCAUUGGUUAAGCUGGAAGAUCAUGAGUACAAACCUCUUGAUCCCAAAGAUAUCCGCCUCCCUCCUCCAAUGCCACCUAGUGAAAGGCUUUUGGCUGCUGUUGAGGCAUUUUAUAGCCCUCCAUCACAUGAUAGACCUCGAAACAGUGAAGGCUGGGAGCAGAAUGGCCUUUAUGAAUUUUUCAGAGCGAAGAUGAGAGCCCGCCGACGAAAAGGCCAAGACAAGAGGAGCAGUAGGACAUCAAGAUCUAAAAGUCGAUCAAAAAGUCGGGGCCGGUCGUCUUCGCGCUCGCACUCCAGAUCUUCUAAGUCUUCUCGUUCUUAUUCUGAGUCUCGGUCACGAUCUCGUUCUCGAUCCAGAUCAUAUUCUCAAUCCAGGUCCAGGAGCAGAAGCAGGUCUCGGUCAUCUCAAAGUCGGUCAAGGUCAGGAUCGAGAUCGAGAUCAAAAUCUUUUUCACCUGGAAAACGGCGCAGAUCUAGAUCUCGCAGUGCUACCCCUCCUUCUUCAUCGGGUUUGGGUGCCACAGCUGGAGCAAGUACAACAAAUAUCCUCCGUCUUGGGGAGGAGAACAAGGGGCACCAAAUGCUAGUAAAAAUGGGGUGGAGUGGAGCUGGAGGCCUUGGUGCUAAUGAGCAGGGUAUCCAGGACCCAAUAAAAGGGGGAGACAUCCGUGACAAAUGGGACCAGUACAAAGGAGUGGGAGUCUCUCUUGAUGAUCCCUAUGAAAACUACCGUAGGAACAAAAGUUACUCUUUCAUUGCACGAAUGAAAGCCAGAGAUGAGAAUUUCAAAGCGGGAGGACCAUUUCCACCAGGCUCCGGUCCACCAGGAAACGUGAAGCGGGAGUGCCAGGAUCCACCAGCACAAGAAUGACCUAACCCAACAUUUAGUCCCUUUUAACCAGAAUGGUCGCAGUUACUGUAAAUACUCUCCCUGGGAACUGACCUUGAAUUUUAUCACAUAUGUUGUAAAGAAUUGCUUCUGGUGAUCUUUUCCCACUCAAUUGGUAAAGUUUUAAUUUUUAAAAAAGGUUUUUUUUUUUAAAUGCAGAGAACGCAUCUCUGACAAUAUUUCAUCACUGGAUCACAGACCUGUUUUCAAUACACAAUGAAAAAUUGUUCCGUGCCCAGCCUUACAAAUGUUUAGAUUACCACAAUAAAAUGGUAUAUUGUCCGCAUAAUGUUCCCCGGUAUCAUCAGGACUGUUCUGCUCACCAGCAAUCUCCUUGCUUAUUCGUUUUUCAAAGAAACUACUUUUUAAAACAAUGUUGUAUUAUAGGCAUUGAAAGCAAACUGUCAUGAAUCUCCCUCCACACAAGAAGUGUUAGCUCUAUGUUGCUACAUUUUGAGCUUUUCUUGCAGUUAGGAUGUAACAAAGUAUUUUACUCCCUGCUGAUUUUGUGUUUAACAGCGUAAUUGUGUAUUAUGUAAGUGGAAACAAUUGACUAUGAUUUUUUUAUUUGUGAACAGCCCUUCUCUGCUUACAAAUAUAUUUGUAAAAUAAAUUUGUGAAACAGUGGUA